AUGGAGAGCAGAAGGGCCUAUGUGAAAUAUAUUAAACGAUAUUUUACAGCCACGCUGACCUCAUCGUUGGCAACGCUGGAAGGUACUGAAGCAUUCGAAGCCUCUCUACUUGGUUCGGCCGAUGAGGUGGUACAAGAAAGGAUCUCGGACGAUGAGCUGAUUCUCAUCAAAGGCCCAAAGGCCCGAACCGCCUCAUCGAUCAUACUGCGAGGGCCAAACGAUGUGAUGCUGGAUGAAAUGGAACGAUCCGUGCAUGAUGCGCUUUGUGUUGUUCAACGUGUGCUUGAAAGUAAGAAGCUGGUUGUUGGAGGUGGAGCAGUGGAAGCUGCUCUUAAUGUCUAUCUGGAAGCAUUUGCAACCACGCUGUCGAGCCGUGAACAGUUAGCCGUUGCCGAAUUUGCAAACUCGUUGCUCGUUAUACCGAAAGUGUUGGCUUCGAAUGCAGCCAAAGAUUCGACGGAACUGGUUGCAAAACUUCGAGCUUUUCACAACAAAUCGCAGCAAGUGAAGGAACUUGCACACCUCAAAUGGGCUGGCCUCGAUUUGGAGAAUGGUGAGAUUCGUGACAACCGGGAUGCGGGUGUUUUGGAGCCACUAGUGAGCAAGCUGAAAAGUCUGAAGUUUGCAACUGAAGCGGCGAUAACGAUCCUUCGGAUCGAUGACUUGAUCAAGCUCGAAAAGCAGCAACCGAGACAUGAUGAGCAUGAUGAUAUGUGA